GACAGACGGAAAACUAAAACUAGAGUUGUAUUUGAUGGGUCUGCCAAAGAUAGUGAAGAAACAUCACUGAACAGUUGUAUUGAAGCUGGUCCAGCUUUACAACCAGAUCUAUGUGGUAUUCUUUUGCGUUUCCGAAAGAAGAAGAUCGCUGUUACAAGUGAUAUUGAGAAAAUGUUUUUGCAGAUCAGUUUAAGAGAACAAGAUCGAGAUUCUCAUCGGUAUUUGUGGCGAGACCUUGAUCUUGAAGCAUCUCCCAAAGUUUACAGAAUGACUAGAGUGACUUUUGGGGUUAUUGCCAGCCCAUUUUUGGCAAUAUGUACUACCCAAGAGCAUGUACAGAGAAAUAAAGAACUGUAUCCUGAA